UGUUCCUCCAGCUCCACACCUGUUAUCCGUACUUCCGUUGACGUAUUCCCAGGAAUAUACUCCCUAAAUACAACCGUUAUGUUAUCUGUGAAAUUGCUGAAAAAUCUCCGUAGCAAGCCUGAUGAUUGUUCACGCAAUUCGGCUAUACGCCUAGUGCUGCACCGUGAGAACUUGAUCUGCGGCAAGUUCAGACAGGACAAAAGUGCUUGGAAUCUCCACCUCCGCCCAUCUCCAUUGGUGAUUUUCCCUAGAGCUUUAACCACACCCGACAGAGUUUUAUUAUCCGACCACAACCACAGCCCGUCCUGCUCUAAAUCUGUUUAUCUUUCAUGCUAUUAACCCGCGUGAAGGUCUAGAGCGCAUAAAUAUUUCUCUGAGAAUCCCCGCGAAAAGUCAUCGGAAGCUGAAGGAAUCCAAAAUAAAAUCGGUUUGAAUUACAGUGUGAACAUGGCUUCCAGACAGCAGACUAAGAGUUGGACCGAGGAGGCAGUUUGUUCCAUUUGUCUGGAUUUCUUCACGGAUCCCGUAAUACUGGAUUGUGGACACAACUUCUGCCGCUCCUGUAUCACCCAGAUUUGGGAAAAGAAGGAGAUUGAGUCCUGCCCGGAAUGUAGAGAGGAGUUUCCGGAAAGAAACCUCAGGGUAAAUCGGGCCUUAGCGAAUCUGGCCGAGAAAGCUCGAAAAUCAAACGAGAUACCCAAAGAGCAGGGAAGUAAACUUCACUGUGAGAAACACCAAGAAGACCUGAAGCUGUUCUGUGAAACCGACGAGAAAUUGAUCUGUGUGAAUUGUGUCACUGCGCCGGAACACAGAGAGCACCGCUUCAUUCAAAUUAAGGAAGCUGUUAAAUACUAUAAGGAUCAGCUGAAAUCUUCCUUAGAUUCUCUCACAGAGAAGAAAUCGGCGGCUCAACAAAUGGAACUGAACCAGAAGCGGAAGGUUUCCGAAGUGAGGGAACAGGCGAGCAGUCUGCAGACCCACAUCAUAUCCGAGUUCGUUAAAAUGCACCAGAUUCUCGAUGAGAAAGAGCAGCGUUUACUCCGAGAUCUCAGGGAAGAAGAGAAGAGGAUUCUAGAGCCAAUGGAGAAAAACCUUCGAGAGAUUCGGGAGAAUUUAAAUUCUAUUGAGGAGAAACUCUCAAAGUUGCAGAAACAGAUGGAGCAAACAGAUGAGCUGAUACUUCUGAAGCAUGAAACUCGUCUGAACAAAAGGAUCAAAGACGAGUGUCACCUACUCUCAACAGCGGAUGCCGUCCUAUCUAUUGGAAAAUUCAAAGGACCCUUGCAGUACAUAACGUGGAGAGAGCUGAAUCGCGACAUUAACCCGGCUCCAGCCUCUCUGACUCUUGAUCCGAACACAGCGAAUCCCUGGCUCAUCCUGUCUGAGGACCGGACCAGUGUGAGACUCGGAGACAAACGGCAGCCGCUCUCUGACUCCGCCGAGAGAUUUGAUCCCUUGCCCUUUGUCCUUGGAUCACAAGGAUUUACAUCAGGGAGACAUUACUGGGAGGUGGAGGUGGGGAGGAAGACGGAAUGGGGUUUGGGAGUGGCCCGAGAGUCUUUGGACAGGAAAAGAGUAAAUAUCCUGAACCCUGAGUCCGGAAACUGGACUGUGGGACUGAUUCCAGGGAGUGGCUACUUUGCCGCUACCUCCCCUUCACCAACACCAUUCAUCCAGAAUGUGAAUCCCCGGAAGAUCGGUGUUUUCCUGGACUAUGAGGGUGGACAGGUGUCAUUUUACAACGCGGACAACAUGUCCCAUCUUCACACUUUCACCCACACUUUCACUGAGAGGAUCUUUCCUAUCUUCAGUCCGGGACUGAAUAUUGAUGGGAAAAACUCCGCCCCGCUGACAAUUUGCGGGAUUAAGGGUUACUGACAGAUCCAUCCCAUAAUUUCACCCGCCCCUCCCCCCGCCUCCUGCCAUCUGUAAACUGAUGGGGGUCGGUCUCAGUCACAGGUGGAGAGGGAGGCAGGUUAGCAUUUAAGGAAUAAACUCUGUAUCGGAACUGGGAGCCGAAAGGUCAACAAGGAGCUCUGUAGAGCUGGGGGAAAGAAGGAGGGGGAGAGAAAAAUCAAACAGAAGCUUAAUUGUAGAGAUGGACUUUACUGGGUAGAAUGAACUGUGAGCUGCAGGAACACAGGAACCUUCAGCCUGUAAUGUUGCUCCACAGGCGGAAGGUGUUGGAGAUGAAUCAGUCAGUGGUUCUCAGACUGGGCUCAGUGGAAUCUUUCCAGGGGGCACCAAAUCAUUUCGCUGCAGCGUCAGUGGAGUAUAUCCGCGCAGACACGAGAUCAUAUCACUGGGGCAAGUGAGAGAGUGUGUGUGGGGAGUGGAAGUGAUGGAAAAAUAACCAGCAUCAAAGCUUAUAUUACUAGCAAUUAGUGUUAAUCCUGGGUAAACAACUAUGAAGAUUUCCAUUCUCUAACCUGCCGAAUUUUCAUUUUCUUCACGGUGUUGGGGAUACUUGUUUCAUGGUUUUCAGCGGUAGAAUAGGAUUCACUUUCAGUCGCGGGGAUGGUGGAAGACAAGCUGCGCUGUUUUCAGUUUGGGCUCUAGCUAUACGCAAGUACUGUUCUUAUGAAAGCAAAGUACUACGGAUGCUGAAACUCUGAAAUGCACACAGAGAAGGUUGGAGAAACUCAGUAAGUUCAGCAUUUGUGGAGAGAGAGAGACAGAGUUAACUUUUCGAGUCUGAAAUGAAGUUCUUCUGCAGUUGAGUAACUCUUCUGAUCCUAUCGUUUAACUGAGUUUUCCAUCAUUUUCUGUUUCAGUUAAUGUCUCGAUGGUUUGUUUCUGGUAAUCACGAAAAUGCUGUCAACUUUUCUUAAUUCAAGCACUUGCCAUGGUGAAAUAACACGAAAUUCUUCAAUGAUUAAAUGUCACAUUCGCUUAGGUGCUCUGUCAUAAAAUUGGAAGAAAAUUCGUUUGCCCACGGCAGCUUGAGGAACGUACCUUGAGACUACUUAAACACUCAGAUGGGGUGAGACUGCUGUGAAUAAUUAUUUGACAACCUGUCUGGUUUGAAAGUGAUAUAUCAACUGGGUAUUGAUGCAUUUAACAGAUAAUGUCUAACCACUUUAAAGGCAGCUCAAUUUGCAUACACUAGAAUAUAAGUGAAAUCACAGUUGUCAUUUAUCCCUGAUUUAGUUUUGUCUCAUCACUGUGUACAUUUCUGGAAUGAUCCUUAAAUCACUAAAAUGUAAAUGACUCUUUAAUUAAAAGCAUUAUUCAACACGUCUGUAACCUGCUCAGAUUGGAGUUAUAACUACAAUUUAUAUUGGAGUUCGUGAUUACAUUUGAAAGUGGGUUCUUCAAGCAGUACAAUGUGAGAAUCACUGAAACAUAUGAAACUUUUCUCAAAAACAACACUUUCAUUGUUAAGCCCAAGAAACAGAAAUAAAACGUUGACUGUUUGAUUCACAAAUUGUUCUAGAGCGUGGACCCUUCGGCAAAAUGUGUCAGCACAGGCUUGGAGGGCCAAAGGGCCUGUUUCUGUGCUGUAUUUCUCUUUAUUCUUAGAGCUCCCAUUGCAAAUUCAUCUGGUUGAGUCUAAGUGCCUCUGGCUGAGAUAAGUAGAAAAGUUGUUGCCCAGAAAUGAUACUAAGAUUUACUCUGGAACCUCAGUAAUUGCCAGUGUGGAGAAGGUCAUGAGGUGGGCUAUAAGAACAUUCACCUAUUUUAGCCCUUGAGGCUGAAGAGGUGCCUGAAUAGAGCUAUUUAGCUGUUAAAAAUUUAAUGCCUUUCCUCCUACAGCCCUGCAAAAUGUCUUUGUGUCUUUUUUUGCAUUGAAGUGUUCAUACAAUUCCCUUUUUCAAGUAGGUGUCAGAAGCCUAGGCAAUCGUAAAUCUGUUCAAAAAUGUGUAAGAAUAAACUCAAUAGUGACAGGCCAGUGAGAUAAACAUUGUGAAAACUUCAGGAUGAUCUGGGACAUAGUUAGACAAGUGUGGAUUAAUUGAGGAAACCUAGAUGAGUAGCUUAAAACCAAUGCAUGUUAAAAUAACUGAAUUGAGCUUUCUAAUGAAGACACCUCUGGUAAGGCAGUAGCCAUAGUAAAUGCAAACAAAUGUAAUGUUUAUGAGCAAUCAAAUCAGUUGGAAAAAGUGUGUAUUGUGGAAUUGUUUGUCUCAUUAAAAUAAGCCCGAAUACUGAAA